AUGGCUGGCUUCAAUCCGGUGGAUAUGGUCGAGGAAGACGCGGCCGACUUGCAGUUUCCAAAAGAAUUCGAAAGCGCCGAAACUCUUUUGAUCAGCGAAGUACACAUGCUUCUGGAGCAUCGAAAGAAUCAGAACGAAUCGUCGGAAGAAGAACAGGAGUUUUCCGAAGUGUUUCACAAAACUCACACCUACACGAACGAAUUCCGAAAAUUCCGCAACAAGGAAACGAUUGCCAGCGUUAGAAGUUUGCUUAUGCAGAAAAAACUCCACAAGUUCGAACUCGCUGCACUGGGAAACCUUUGCCCGGCUUCGCCGGAAGAAGCAAAAGCUCUGAUUCCCUCGCUCGAGGGUCGCUUUGAGGACGACGAGCUGCAGCAGAUACUGGACGACAUUGGCACGAAGCGCAGUUUGCAAUACUAA